UGCACUGGGUCUUUGUUGCUGCACGUGGGCUUUCUCUAGUUGCGGCGAGCGGGGCUACUCUUGGUUGCGGUGAGUGGGCUUCUCGUUGCUGUGGCUUCUCUUGUUGCAGAGCACAGGCUCUAGGCAUGUGGGCUUCAGUAGUUGUGGCACGAGGGCUCAGUAGUUGUGGCUUGCAGGCUCUAAAGUGCAGGCUCAGCAGUUGUGGCGCACAGGCUUAGUAGCUCCGCGGCAGGUGGGAUCUUCCUGGACCAGGGAUCGAACCUGUGUCCCCUGCACUGGCAGGCAGGUUCUUAACCACUGUGCCACCGGUAAAGUCCCUAUAAUAAUCUUUAAGUGGAUUUUGGAUAGCUUUAGAUGAUUCUAUCAGUCAGGUGGAAGGUAGUAGAAUGAGGAGGAUUAUCAGUGGAGGGGUUUGGCCACUGUCUCUUGCUCAUUCUUCAUCCAUUUAAAUUUUUACACCCACUUCCAUGCUGUGCUUCGCUCUCCUAAGCUGCAGUACUGGGCAGAAAGAGGUCUGUUGAAACAGGUGUUGCCCCUCACCUCUUAUAGGAGCAACAGGUAUCAUCUAGCAAUUUGAUACGAAUGAGAAAAAUCUCCCCAGCCACUGUGUACCGAGAAAUGAGUCCGUACAUUCAGGUGGUUGUAAAUAAAUCUGCCUAAUGUUUACCCCCAAGAGGCAGGAACUGAAAAAUGACGGCCCAGAGGAGGGGUGGAAAUCUCUCUUCUGAAGUAAUAGAUUCUACCUAGCACCCGUGAAGUAGGUCUGGUAAGCCACUGAGUUUUUGAGGUGAAAGCAAAAUUCCUUCCUGUGAGCCAAACGUGGGGUACCAUGCCAGUUCUAUUCUGGAAUAUCUAUGUGUGGCCCUGAGACUGGCCUAUGUGUGACUUGCAGAGUUAAUGAUUAUCCCAGCAGUUGUCUAAACUGCUUGGUUCCACUGGGCUACUGCAAGCAGUUAGAGCAGUCUCCAGAGAGCAGCAUGUUCUCCUUGCUCUUUGGGGUUGGACUGGUGGUUCUGAACCUAGGGAGCUCUGCAAGGAGCCAGAAGACAGAACCUCUUAGUGGCUCUGGGGAGCAGCCCCUCUUCCGUGGUGCGUAUCGAUAUGACUUUGCCGUCAUGAUCCCUCCAGGAGGCACAGAAUGCUUUUGGCAAUUUGCCCACCAAACUGGAUACUUCUAUUUCAGUUAUGAGGUUCAGCGGACACUGGGAAUGUCACAUGACCGGCAUGUUGCUGCCACUGCACAUACCCCACAGGGUUUCCUUAUAGACACCUCUAAGAAUGUUCGGGGCCAGAUUAACUUCUCUACCCAAGAGACAGGUUUUUAUCAGCUUUGUGUAAAAAAUCAGCAAAAUCGCUUUGGUUCUGUGCAAGUAUACCUCAAUUUUGGAGUCUUCUAUGAGGGGCCUGAGAUGGACCACAAAGAGAAGAAAGAAAGAAAACAACUGAAUGAUACUUUGGAUGCAAUUGAGAAAAGUACACGAAAGCUGCAGAACAAUAUCUUUCACAUGUGGCGAUACUACAACUUCGCUCGCAUGAGAAAAACGGCUGACUCUUUCCUACUCCAGUCAAACUAUAACUAUGUGAAUUGGUGGUCGACAGCCCAGAGCCUUGUUAUUAUUCUUUCUGGGAUCCUGCAGCUGUAUUUCUUGAAGCGUCUCUUCAACAUCCCAAUGACUACAGACACAAAGAAGCCAAGAUGCUAAGCUCGAACAACUACAGUGCCCCUGGCUCUUUUCUUCUGGGGCACAAGCUCUCUCAAAUCUUUGUAAAGUUAUCGGGGAAAAAACUUUUCUUGUUAGGCAGUUGUAGCCUAUUGCGCUCAUCUACACAGGCAAAAUAGCAAUAAAUAAAAGUGUGU